CCGCCUUCACUUCGAGAGUCAACCGUCAUACUUAACUAAAUGUUUGUACAAUAACCUUUCCAGUUCCACAAUGCAGAUCUUCGUAAAAACCCUCACGGGGAAGACCAUCACCCUUGAGGUGGAGGCCUCCGACACCAUCGAGAAUGUGAAGGCCAAGAUCCAGGACAAGGAGGGCAUCCCCCCGGACCAGCAGAGAUUGAUCUUCGCCGGCAAACAAUUGGAAGAUGGCCGCACUCUGUCUGACUACAACAUCCAGAAGGAAUCCACCCUUCACUUGGUGCUCAGGCUUAGAGGAGGUACCAUUGAGCCAUCUCUCCGCAUCCUGGCCAUGAAGUACAACUGCGACAAGAUGAUCUGCCGCAAGUGCUACGCGCGCCUGCACCCCCGUGCCACCAACUGCCGCAAGACCAAGUGUGGCCACACCAACAACCUCCGCCCCAAGAAGAAGCUGAAGGAUUAGAUUCAUUUUUGUCUUUUCAUCUGCAGGUUGACAUAAAAACUGUAAACUAUCCAAAUUAAAGUUAAACAACUUACA